CAAAGGAAGCUCAGCGACCUGCAAGAUCACAAGUUUCAUCGCAAACCUUGUAAUGCAUGGCCCUCAAGACAUUCCAGAGAAAUGCUCUGGCAUAUUCUUGGCUUAUGCGGGUCUUGCUGCAGACGUAACAACAGAUGAAAAUAUCAACCCUGCAAAGAUAAUUAACAAAGUCUUCGAGGAACUAUGCCCAAAAACUGGAGAAAUUAUGCCCUGCUUCAAUGCAAUUAUGGAUUCGGUGGACUGCUCAGGCAGUGACAAAAUUCUCCUGGGCAUGCCAGGUGUCCCAGAAGAUUUUCAAGAUGUGACCCUCGCUGAUGUUGACUUUCUUCUAACGGCAAUUGUUGCUGCUUUUAAAAGCAACUGCGAAGCAAAGAAUAACCCAUUCGUGAAUGCUCACUCUGUGGAGCAGUUUGAAACAUGUAUACGAAAGACAGGAGAAUUGUCACAGGAGGAGCAACUAAAAUUAUCCACAGAUGUGAUGCAGAUAGAUUUCACAACUGGUGGAAAACCACUAAGUGCUGAAGACUGUAGUAAGAUGGAUGCUAUUGUGGCUACACUCAUUUAUGCACUUGGAGAGCCUACAGAAUGUGAAGACUUUUACCCAUUUAUUAAGCAAACUACUUACACAUUAUUAGACUCUCUUUGUGGAAGAGCGAGCAGUGCAAGUCGGCUUUACUUGUACUGGGCUUCUGUUGCAGUCAUGUCAGGUGUCACAAUGGUGCUCUAGCAAUAUUGUUUUGUAUCGUGUUUUGCUCCCCUCAACUGAUCUACAUACGUGAAAUAAUGAAGACUUGCCAAUUGGUGGUCGGAUGGUGGUGGGAAGUAUACCAGCAAUAAUGUUUAUUGAAAUUUGUUCAGGUAGAAGAUAAUGUACUGAAUUGGGGGGGGGGGGUCAAGGUAAAAUGUUUAUUAUGAGGUUGACUGGAAACUCGUUUUUUUC